AUUCAUUCUCCAAAACAAAGAACAAAAGAAGAGAGAGAAACAAUAAUGAUGUCCCCAUGGCAUGUGAUCGUAGCGAUUGUUCUUUUGCUAUGUGCAACAAGACUGACCCUGGCUCAGAACACUCCUCAAGACUAUCUUGAGGUGCACAACCAGGCUCGAGCGGAGGUUGGCGUUGGUCCACUGUCGUGGAACCACACCCUUCGAGCCUAUGCUCAAAGGUAUGCGAAUGAGAGGAUCCCUGACUGCAACCUUGAGCACUCUAUGGGACCCUAUGGCGAGAAUCUUGCAGAAGGGUACCGCGAAAUGAAGGGUUCGGAUGCUGUGAAAUUCUGGCUCACUGAGAAGCCUGACUAUGACUACGGUUCCAAUCGUUGUGUUCACGAUGAGUGUGGGCAUUAUACUCAGAUUGUGUGGCGCAAUUCUAUUCAUCUCGGGUGUGCAAGAGCUAAGUGUAACAAUGGUUGGAUGUUUGUCAUCUGCAGCUAUUCUCCACCAGGAAACUAUGAAGGAGAACGACCUUAUUGAUUGAUUCUCUUUCUUAUCAAUAUGUGCUACCUCGUAGAGUGUCCUGUUUUUAUGUCUUUGUUUGGAAAUCACCAUGUGUAAUAUUCAAAUAUAUGAAGACAUUUAUCAGUACAAGUACAACCGUAAUUAAUUAGUUUUUUAUAUUUGCUGUUAUA